GCGACUAAAUUCUAUAUAUUCUUACUUAAACAAUUUAUUUGGCGAGUGUUACACAUUUACCCGUGCAUGCUACUGCAAAUAUGAUCUUCAUUUUUAGUAUUCUACUGGGCUGCACAGUCAGCGGUCACAACGUCCCCUUUUAUUCUCUCCCGACUCACCACGGGUUUCUACCGGCCCCAGUUUUUCACCACCGUUCGCCAAUUUUUGCACCGCUCGAAUACUACGUACCGCAACCCUUAAUCUACCAGCAGCCUUUGCUCCGUGAUGCACCAAUAGAAAGAGUUGCAUACUCGGCACCGAAUCCCUACCAAGGUUUCGCUUAUCGCACUCGACUUUCAGACGACGCCACUAUGAACGCAUUUUUUCUAUCGGGCGCUUACAAACCAGAGCAAAUAGAACAGAUUUUCGCGCGAACCCAAAAAACCGAAAACAAUGAGGAGAAACCGCGCUCACUAGCCAACGUAAUUGAAAAUAUCUUCGCAAAUCAAGAUCGCGAUUUUCAAUACAUUUACCGACCUUCCUUGCAUCAAGCCAUUCCGACUGCGCAACGUUCCGGCAAGGCCGAACUGGAACGCAAAGAGACACCGGCCCCGACUGAAGCGUCAACCGAGAUUAACGAGGAGAAAGAAAAAGCGAUAACAAUUAAACCAAGUGAGACCACCGAGAUAGGAUCAACGGAAGUAACAGCAAGUGAGACUACUUCAGUUGAGCCAUCAUCCUCUUCAACUGAGGCCAAAGAAACGGAUUCGACAACUGAAAAUACAACAACGGUUUCCGAAUCGACAACCUCCUAAAAUUCCAUUAUUUGUAAACACUUAUUUAUAAUUUCUUUAGCAAAUAAAAUUGGCGGUUGCC